AUGGCCAACACACGUUCAGGAAAGGAUACUUCAAAACCCACUGGUGUCGACAAAAACACCAACGCUCGAAAGACCCGUGAAAGAGAUGAAAUGGCCGCCCAGAGAAGGAAAAUUGAAGACAAGCGGAGACAGCGCCAGCAGGAGCUCGAGUCACUCCGGAAGGACUUGCUAGCGGCGGAGAGCCAAUUGAAAGGCUCGCAGCUUACCGAGGAUGAGAGGGCCGAGCUGCAGAACAAGCACAAUAAUUUUCAACAAGUCAUCCAAUCUACGGAAGCGGAUAUCAAGAAAGAUGACGAAGAUUUGAUGGAUAUUGAUACGAAGGAGCAUGCUGCCACAGGUUCCAACGGUCAGGCCCCUGAGAAUAACGCGCCAUCGACACAACCACAACCUGUGCCGCAGAACACAUUGUCCCCGACUGGGGAUGAGACGUCGGUGAAGCAGGAAGCAGUGGAUGCUUCCAAUGGGCAGGGGCAGGGACAACAUAGAAAAGCAGCACUUCCUGAUCCUGAUACCGCAAAAGCGUCCGUCGAGGAACCAGAUUUGGUCGGAAGUUCGAAUCCGAACGAAGAUAACGAUGGUGAAUUACUAGUCCGAUUAGAUACAUUAUCAAAAGAUGGCCAUUCGAACGGUGUAGCAGAUGCGUGGUUCAUGAUGCUCGCAGCCGAGAAGCUGAUUGUUCGAUACGGGCCAAAGCAAGCGUGCAAGUAUGUCAUCCAAUCCGGCAAAGGACACAAUCUCGAUGGUCUUCCGCAAGUAUCCGAUCCAGAGUCGCGGCUUUGCUCCAUCAUGGAGAAAGACAAACGGGGAAAAAACCGCCGUCGCUAUGGCCCCGAGAAUAUCGAAGGGAUUGUUGGUGUAGCCAUUCUGGAGAGGCCUCUUAAUACGAAAAGCUCUAAGGCGCCAACGACCUAUGUGAAGCUCAAGUGGACUAAUAUCAAAGAGGAAGACAAACAUUUAUGCCGUGAUGGUACCAAUUGGAUUACACGAACAGAUCUCGUCGAAAUAACCAAUGAGGAACUGGCUACGUCAAAAAUCACGGAGGCGUGGGAGAAACAGGAGGCACGUUACAAUAACUGGGAGAAAGGGUUACCUAUUGGAACUCCAAGUCGCUCGCCCACGCCGUGUCCACUGGACGUCUGGCAAAGAGCAAAGCGGGAAAGGAGCUGUCCCGUAAGAGGACAAUCUAGGGACACGAUGAAGCGAGAGGCGACAGCCAGCCCCGCUCCGGAUAUCAUGAAUGCGGGGUCUAGUGAUAGUUCAGAAUCGCAAUCCGGAAAUCCUGUUCACCCCAUUCCUGAAGGGGCAACUGGUGCCGCAAUCGACUCAACUACGCCAUCCGAUAAGCCUGCGUCACAAAUAACCUUUAGCCGGAAGGAAUAUGUGGAAAGGAUGACCAACAGCAUGGCUUUGGAUAAGACAGAUAUGCAAGCAUACGUGAAAGCACUAGCCUUGAUUGAAGCCGAAUAUGCGGUUUAUAAGGGUCAUUUGCUGGCAAACGGAGGUGUGGAGGUGUACUAA